GGCCGAGUUCUUGUCAGAUUUGGACUCUUAGAACAAGGAGCUUUUUGGGAGAUUCACCUGAGUCUUUUAGUGCGUAUUAACUUAUAACGGAAUGCGUCUGGGCCCGUUACGAACUCUAGGUUCGUUAGGAAUUUAAUUAAUACGUAACUCUUAUUUUCGAAUUAUACCAGGAAUAGAAUUCCUUUGUAAAUUCUAUCUCUUUUAGGAUUUAUGUUGGAGUGCAACACCUAAUUCUGACAGAUUUCUAUCUUUUAUGAUUUUGCCACUUUUAACAACUACCUUUUACGGCAGGUUUCUAUAAAUAGCAGCUUUGGCUGAAAUGAAAGGGUGACCGAGAUUCGUUAUUUUAUAGGAGAUGCGUUGCCAAGUGGAGAUUUAUGUUCUCAUCAUCGAACCUUCCCUUUCGGGAACGGGGACAAAAGUAGGCGUCUACAGUUAGCCCCCACUUUGACUGAGUCUCGAGAUGAGACGAUGGUCAAAGUACUAGACGGAGUGCGUCAUACAAGCCAUGGUGUAUGUGACCUGUUUUGCGAGGGUCUCACGAGCCCCUGAGUGAUAACAUUUGACUUAAGGGUCAUCACUUGAAGUGUUAACACAUUCCUCACGCGUCAUUGGAAUUUGUUAACUGAUAGUAUAGAAACUCCCUCACUUUGUCAUUGGAAGUAUCUAAAGAUGUUUUCGAAAUCAAAGCUAUAAAGUGUAACUAGGCCUGGCCAAGCCCAAUCACGAGGUAAAACGUUUUUAAAGAUUCUCAUUUUCAGGGUUAGCUAAACGAGAAAACCCCCUUGUUUUUAUAGGACGUAAAACGAAGGAAAAUCCAGCACAUCGCUCUUUUUUGGAAAAGCGGAAAACCAAUCCUUUGAUUUUUGGAAAAGGGAAACCAUCCUUUGAUUUUUGAAAAAGGGAAACCAUCCUUUGAUUUUUGGAUAAGGGAAACCAUCCUUUGAUUUUUGGAAAAGGGAAACCAUCCUUUGAUUUUUGGAAAAGGGAAACCAUCCUUUGAUUUUUGGAAAAGGGAAACCAAGAAAAGUUAUCGCUGCAGCGACUAAGGACCUGCGCGGUUAGUGACGCAGACCCCGCCCGCUGAAGGUGGGUGAGCCUGUCCGCUGAGGGUGGACACCCCGUCCGAUAGAAGUGGACGAAUCUGUUUCCAUGUUUUGAAAAUAAGGACCUUCGUGGUUUGUGACGUAGACCCCACCCGCUGAAGGUGGGAGAGCCUGUUUUUGUUUUGAAGAUUUUAUUUUCUUUUCAUUUUCGAAAACUGAGGACCUACGCGGUUAGUGACGCAGACCCCUCCCGCUGAAUGUGAGCGAACCUGAAUUCGUCUUUUCGAUUUGGGACUCGCGUGGUUCGUGGCGCGAUCUUGCCCGAUCGAGGUGGGCCAGGCCCUAUUUCAUUUGUUCUUUGGAUUUCUCUUGAGAAUUUCUUUUUAUUCAUUCUUGUAAGAGCGAAUUCUUUCGAGGGAUGUUCGGAUUUAGUUGCAACCUGAAUGUGGGUCGGCAACGUGUCUAAACGGACCAUCAUUUCGUGGUCGUCUGCCUUUCGUGGUUUUGAACAAGUCUUUACGGCUCAUAGGAUGUAUGUCACCGUUUAGAACUGGCCUAGUUAUGCCAUUACUUGGGUCCUUGUGAAAUGACCGGUGGGACCAUAUGUGAAUGUUAAUGGAGACCUUUUGCUUUGAGGUCGAGUUCAUUUUUGAAUUUGUCCAAGCACGGGACGUAGCUUGGAAACGUUGUUUCCACUUGCAUCCCUUUUUUGAAACGCAUAUUUUCUUUCUUUCGAGCCCCCAAGCAGUUGUACUUGGUGGUCGUUCUUUGCCAAGAGAAGUACGUAUUUUAUAACGUCCUUAAUCGUGUAUGGGAUCGUGCUCGUAAGUGCGAGCGAUCUUUGUAGUGGUAUGCUACUUUGAUGAAGUCGUGGAGUGCGACUUCAUUUUCUGGGCGACAAAGUUUGCUUCAUUUUGCAAUAAUUAAUACAUCGAGCUUACUUUGGCCCGGAUUGAUCUUUAUGACAAAUAAACGCUUUUUAAUUUGAGAAACCAACGACUUGAUUUUUUUUUGUGUUUCGAAGAAUGACCUUGAUUAUUAUUUUUCCUAUAUUGCCUUGAAAAAUGUACACAUAUUUUUUCUUGAGAUGAGUCUAAGUUUCGACAAGCUUUAACAUUUGUUUUCACUAUUCGGGCUCUAAAGGUGCUUUGGGCUUGAUCUUGAUACAACAGGGCCUCGUGUCUACUAACACGGUUUUAAGUCAUUUCCUGCUCCGCGUUUUGAAGGAUCCGGGCCUUGGGCUACAUUUCCGGCGCCCCUGGCCAGGCGUUAAAAAUUUCGGCACCCAGCCUUAGGCGCUAGAAGUUCUAUUUUGGCAGUUUUUCUUAGUUCCGGAUUUCUUAACGCGUUUCCGAAUGGGAUUAGGAUGUCACUUGAUGCUUUCGUGUAUAUAUAGGGGUUAAGUACGUCUUUCUUUUUCCCCACUCUCAAUCUUCCUCUCUUUUGCAAUUGCUUAGCUUUUAUUCUUCCCUACUCUUGCCAUGCCGAUUCCUUCCUUCUCCCUCCAACGAGUUGUUAGGCGCUGGCUAAGAGCCAUUAAUCCCACAGAAAAGGCUUUGUUGAAAGGAUACCACUUAGAAGCAUUCUUAGGCUUACAACAAAUUAAUAUUGAUUAUAAUUUUCUGUAUGCGGCCCUAAACUUUUGGGAUUCUGAUCACCAUGUUUUUGUCUUUCGGGGCAAUGAAGUAUGCCCUUUGCCAGAUGAAUUUGCCGCGAUCCUUGGUUAUCCUACCAAUGCUACUCCUGCUACCCCUGGCACUGUUGAAGAGGGUAAAACAACUAUAGGGGCUUUCCUAGGACUAGAUGCUAACAUGCUCGCUGAGAUCGUUGUGGGUGAUAAGGUUAAUUUGGAAAAGCUUGUAAAACAUCACUUUAGACCUAGUAAAAAUAUGACCGAACAGAAAUUGAAUAUUCGAGCACUUGUAUUCUGCUUGUUGAACCACUAUUUACUGUCGAAUAACAAUGGCGAGUUCAGUGACAUAAGGUUGAUCCCCUUGAUCAGCCAGAUGGAGAGUUGCUAUUCCAUUAUGCCGUUGGUUGUUGCCGAGACCUUACUGAGUGCGGAUGAGUUAAAAAAGGAUGCCAAGUCUGAAAUUUUUAAGGGGAGCCCCCUAUUGCUGCAGAUUUGGCUCAUGGAACGACUUAGGCUUUUAGAAGCUCCUGCCGAUCCUAAACAUUAUCGCCCUAUAGCCUUGGGUAACCGAAAGUAUUUGCACCAAGGCCAGGACGAGGCCGAGUGGGCCUCCUAUUUCACUCAUGGCAUAUGCUCUAUUAAGUGGGUGGUACCGUGGUGGGGUUUGACUAAUAUGACGGGGGGUUCCGAGGUGUUAGUUUAUGUUUCUUUGUUGGGGCUAUCUCGGCCCGUUUACAUCUUUCCUUACCGAGUCAUGCGACAAUACGGCUUAAGGCAGACUAUCCCGUUUUCCGAUACGGUACCACCUAAAGUAGCGGUCUUUUCACAAGCACGGGUUCAAGCGUGGGCUAAGUAUUAUGGUGGCCUCCCGCGUUGGACCGUGGCUACAUAUGGCUUUGUGGGUCUUUCCGAAAACUACAAGUUGUGGAUGAGUUCCGAUGAUAAGGCUGUGAGAACUAAGGCUCGAAAUGAAGAGUCGGCUGAGCUUUUGAUACCUCGAGGUAGGGCUAAGUAUGAGAGCCGUGAUCCUGCUAAUCCUCGCGACCAUGGUAUUAAGACUGUAAAAGCUCGUCCUGAUCGAAAGCGAAAGGAAGUUCCUCCCCGUUCCAGUUCUAGGCCUAAAAAGGUGCCUAACAUGAAGGGGCCUGUCGUUCAAAAAAGGAAUGUAAGCUCUCGCGGAUAUCGUCGCCGUAAUAAUGUAUGGGUUAGGAAAGUUCAGCCCCUAGUAGAACAAGUGGCUAAUCCAAUUGAUGUUGAUAAUCCUUCCCCUACCAUUGUUUGUGCCCUUGAGGCUGAGCGGGCUAUAGCUGUUCAAACUGAAAAUGUUUCUGAGGCCUUGGCAUCCUUGGAUGUUAGUGUCAAGGAGGCUGUUCUUAUGGAGAUUGAUAUAGGGGCAGCGCAGAAGCCUGUGGGGGUGGACCCUGCAAACGUUGCCCUCUAUAAAACUUUAUUUGAUGAUCCGGAAGAACUCGAGUAGUGUAGUUCUUGUUAGGGCGUAGGUGCCCUUUAUUUAUUUCAGUUGUGUUUGUUUUUCAUUCCUUAGCACUUUUUGUUUUCCUACUUAUUAUUUUUAAAUAUUAAUAAAGGCGUAAUUUUAUUUUUCUUG